UUGGAUAAAAUGCGCUGGGAGCGUUCGAGGCUCCGCGGCCGCUCACAUCUGGCCGGGAUUUGCUCCUUACACGUCUGUCCCGCUUUCUUCGGCUCUUCCUCUACUUUCGAGAAACCGCGUUUCCGCUUCUGGUCAAAGAGACCUCGGAGUCCAGGCGAUCCAGGUGCUGGGAAGGGGUCGGCUGUUGCCUGCACCACCUCCGCUCCCACCCCUCUCCCCCGCAAACUUUCGGGGCCCUCUGUUCCGGAGGACUCUUUUUUUUUUUCCUUCCUGCUUGCUCUCUCCUUCGACAAGUCUGGUCUUCCCUCGACCUGGCUGGGAGGAGGCUCCGCCGCUGGGAGAUGCUGUAAGAGAGGCCGCGGGGAGAACGCGGGCGCCCCGCUCGCUCCCGGACGCCGGUGGUUGGCGCAGGGCUCGGCGGGAAGAUGGGCUCCCGCGGGCUGGGACUCGCGCUGGCGUGCUGCCUGCUGCUGGCCUUCGCCUGCGGUCUGGUGCUGGGCCGAGUGCCCCGUGGGCAGCAGGAGCAGCAGGAGCAGGAGGGGACCAGGGAGCCGCCGAUGGACCACGCUGAGAGGGAUGAAGAAGAGCAUGAAAAAUACGGCCCCAGGCAGGACGAGGAAGGCCCUGCUUCUCGGUGCCUCCGCUGCUGUGACCCUGGUACUCCCGUGUACCAGGCCAUCCCGGUGCCGCAGAUCAACAUCACCAUCCUGAAAGGUGAGAAGGGCGACCGGGGAGACCGGGGCCUGCAAGGCAAAUACGGCAAAACAGGGUCUGUGGGUGCCAGGGGCCACACGGGACCCAAAGGGCAGAAAGGGUCCAUGGGGGCCCCCGGGGACCGCUGCAAGAACCACUACGCCGCCUUCUCCGUGGGCCGGAAGAAGCCCCUGCACAGCAACGACUACUACCAGACGGUGAUCUUUGACACGGAGUUCGUGAACCUCUACAGCCACUUCAACAUGUUCACGGGGAAAUUCUACUGCUACGUGCCUGGCAUCUACUUCUUCAGCCUCAACGUGCACACCUGGAACCAGAAGGAGACGUACCUGCACAUCAUGAAGAACGCGGAGGAGGUGGUGAUCCUGUAUGCCCAGGUGAGCGACCGCAGUAUCAUGCAGAGUCAGAGCCUGAUGCUGGAGCUGCGGGACCAGGAUGAGGUGUGGGUGCGCCUCUUCAAGGGCGAGCGGGAGAACGCCAUCUUCAGCGACGAGUUUGACACCUACAUCACCUUCAGCGGCUACCUGGUCAAGCCGGCCAACGAGCCCUAGCCACCUGCCAGCCUCCGUCGCCACAGGCUCACCUCCCCUUCUCCCCGUGCCCCGCCCUGCUCCGCUGGACCUUCCCCACCCCCACCCCCCCCCAUCUGGAACCUCCCUCACCCACUCCUGGUCAGCCCCUCCUGCAUCCGGGUUUCCCAGGCCCCUCACGCCCCCCUGCUUUGGCAUUCGACAUGACGCCCCUCACAGGAGCGGGAAGCAACGUCGGCGGGGUGGUCCCAAGCCUUGCUGUGUCUGCACGUGCAAUCACCAGGUGGGUGUGCCUGCGGGAGUCCCCCUCUGUGUACACGUCCUUGAGUGAGACCCCCCCAGACGUGCCCCACGACAACGAUGCACCAGAGUGUCCCAGAGCAAGCCACCCUUGCUCCCGUUACUGGGAAUAAUUAAGCCAGUUCUAAAGGUUGUGAAAGGAGCAAAGUAAGCCAUGAAAAGAGAGGGAGGCAGUUGUUACUUUUGUCUUUCGGCCAGCCCCGCUGGCUCCCAGGAGGGCCGUCUCCGCUUCAGGCGGCAGAAGGCUCCUGGUAAGAUAAGAUCUAAAGUGGAUGCCAAUGGGUAUCCACUAAAGAGGAAACCACUGGCUUAGUACUUUUAGGCCACAUACAAACCUUCUUGGAGGACAGCUGGACUGAGGUCCACGUCCCGUGGACAUUCCUGUGGCCUUGCCCAGGGGCUCAGCUGGUCUUUCUGAGCCACAACGGUGAGGGGGUUCGAACUGGGCAGCAAGUGUCAGCUCCUCAGAGGGACAGCCACGUCCUCGGCUUCAGCCUCUGGUUGGGGGGACAGUUUGCUCAGUGGAACCCGUGGGCUCCUGGUAGCAGGUGGGUCUCUGAGGAGCAAAGCUCAGUACAGCCCAGACAAGCCAUGCCUCCUUGCGUGGCUCUGUUCAUCGGCCCCCCCCCCCACCACACCCCACCCUGGCAUCCUGGGCAGGGCUUCCAUGCCUGUCACCCUGGCAUGGGCUUUCUGCCCCUCUUCUCCAACGGGUCAGCUAAGGAAGGCUCAGGGGCCUUUGAUUUUGUAGCAGCUGUCAUGAUUGCACAAUAUUUUCAAUAAAACCUGCUCAUACACCAUCUCAGAGUCCUGCACCCCAGAGGGUUCAGCAGUCAGCCAACCAGGACCCUCCCCUGGGACCUCUUUGACCAUCAGCCCAAUACCAUGCAACAGGGGGCUUUCCUGGGCCCCAGAGCAGGGGAGAGCUGGAAGGGACUGGAAGGUUCCCCCUGCCUGUCUCCGGAGCCCCUGCACAGCUUAGCUUCUGAAAGAGGGCAUAUCCCCACUGCCGGUGUCAGAGCUCUGAGCAGGGUGUGGGGGCGCUGCCUGGAUCGGUGCUCUAGUUCUUGGCUGACUUUGGCCAGGCAGCCCUCCCCCACUUCCCUACAUCAACCCCCAGGGCCGGGGUCUCCCUGCCUGCUUGGGCCCUAGGCCUGACAGGAGGCUUCCUGCUCACGAGCUGGUAAUGCCCGAUCUUGACCGAUCCCUCUGCCCUCGCCGGGCCUGGCUGUGGGGUCUGGGGUCCCCACAUCCCUCCCUCUGCUGGUCAGACUUUGAAAACUGUGUUUCUGUUCCUGCUGGUGAGCAGGGUGCCCACCUGCUGCUUUGUGCUGCCUUGGUGCUCUUCCAGAAAACAUUAAACUCGGAAUUGUGUGUUUCAGCAUCA